CGGUUUCCGAAAAUAGUUUCUUUGUUCCGUUGAUCCCGUGCUCCAUUUAGCCAUGAGCUUUCCGUUUCAUUAGUCAGAUCAAUGUUGAUCGCCGCCAGCACGAGCCAUCAAACCUGCAAAAUGGUGCAACACGGUGGACACUAUCGGAAGCGAACUCUGGACUACAGUAGUAAACACCGGAAUUUGGCAAAAUUCACCACUGAUGUGGAGCAUUUCCUGGAGGAGUACAACAAGGUCGUCGAGAAUCGGCAGGUCCAUCGACGGGACUAUGCACGCCACCUCCGGGAAAUCGAGACCAACCUGAAGCUGUUGAUAUCGAAAUUACACCGGCUUGAAGCCAGUGGUUGUCGCGAACAACUAUUUUUGGAGCUGUUUUGCUGUGGGACAUUGUUCGAAAACAGUGACGAGUUGAAGCGACACUAUUUUCGAUAUCACUAUACUCCCCGGUUGGUACAUCCGAAUAUUGUCGAGCUACGAUCAGGAUACGGAAAACUGGAACACUUUCGACGCCGAUUGCAGGAAUAUCUCAAUUAUGGAACGGAGUGCUCUGCGGUGCUGCUGGUGAAUUUGCAGAAACUCUUGAACAACGUUAGUCACACCAUCGCGGUUGACAAUGCGCCAAAGGAUGACUGGUCCACCAAACCAGAUUACCAAAUAUUUAAAUGGAGAGAUUUUGCACCUAAGAUCGAACGCUUUCUUAUAAAAAUAAAGGAAUGAAUAGUACAUGUCAGUUGAAACAUUUGAAAUAAUUAACCAAUAAAAAUUUCGUGGAAAAUAAUGAACAAAUAAAAUGUUUAACAGAAA